GCGAGCCAGUUUGCUUCCGUGGCAGAAACGAGUUUAGAGUCGGGUCAGUCCAGUACAAUCGCCCAGCCGGUUCGGAUCACGCUGAAUAGUCUGUGUGGAACAGCGGAAAAGAGCAUUUUGCGGGCUUGUACGCAGGCCCACGAGGUUCCAGCGAGAGCAGCUUUUGCCCACCGAGCAGUCUUGAACAUCUGCUGGAAGCCAUUUUGUACACAUCCCUCGCAGGAAUUCUCAAAACAAACUUAUUGGCCCAAGAGAAAGGCAGAAAUCUGCCCAGUUUAAGAAGCCAGGGAGUGAACAAGUUGUCCACAUCAAAGAUAAGAUAGCAGGUUACUGUUUUCAUAGGGACUUGGUUGCCCUUUGAAGGCGGGAUUGGGGUGAAUUCGUGGGAUCACUGUCUUGACCCUCCACAAGGGACUUUGAGUUUACUGUCUCCAUACUGCUGAAAAGUGAUUAGUGAAGCCCAGUGAAUUUUGAUUGAUUGUAUCCCCGCGGCAUGGCUAAAGCAGCCUAACGAUGGUUCGAGGCACUUUCACGCCUGCCAACGCCAAACCAAUCCACAAUUGUACAACUACAUCCAGUAUCACAAUCAGCAACAGCUUCAGAGACAACAGCAGUUGCAAUACCAACAACUCCAAUAUCAGCAGUACCUGCGGCUUCAGGAGCAGAGAGCGGAUUUCCAUCGGAACUGUCCUUCCUCCGCUCCAGGAAGUGGUAGUUUGUCAGUGCCGCAUCGACGACCUUUCCGUAACCAAGCCAUGAGCUCACAAGGAAUCAAAAUAGAGAAUGAAAAUUCUCUUGACUUUGAUACCAACUCUCUCAUGUUCGAUUUGAACGAAUUGCUGAAACGCGACCCUGAUCUUACCUCGCUUCAGCCCGUUAAAGAGGAAUCCAAUUACUUCAACUCUUCAGCUUUGCCCAUCCCUCCCAAGAGAAGCCCCCUACAUAAUCCAAUGUUGGAACAGGGCCUUUUUAGUGAGCUGGACGAUGUUCUCGCCACGUCAGUUAGCUCCCCAACUAGUGUUAAUGCCUUUGGAUCCUCGGUGGGAUCCAGUGCCAGCCCAGCUUUGACCUCCACCUCACCCUCUUUAUAUGCUCCGACGUCGACUCCCACUUUUGGGUUUUCAGGGCCUGUGCCAAACGUGACCAUUCCAAGGAACUCCUCAUUGGUGAAAAUGGAGUGCGAUUUCGACCAAAGCGAUGAUCAGUCGCAACCCACAUUAACCAUGCUUAAUAGCGCCGAGAUGAGCGAAAAUAGCUUGCUCAAGCUUGAACUGAACGACCUUGAUGUGGACUUCAACCAGUACUUCAUCAACGAUUCCUCUCGGGAUGUGUCCUUUGGUGCUCCACCUUACACAAGUACGAGUCAGAGUAAGAACAUUUUGCGACCAUCUACGAGCACCACGAGGGAGGGAGGAGGCAAGCCCAUCUCAUCAAGUAUUGGAGUAGCUUCUUCACAAACACCGUCUUCCCAAGGCUCGAAUUUCAUUCAAGGCAAUGAUGAUCAAUUUCCGUUUGCAACCUCAUCCUACAGCAGUCAAUCUGGUGGGACCACUUUUGGAUCCAAAGACCUUUUGUCCUCAUCCGUGCCCGCCAACAUAUUCCAGAACAGCCCUCUAAGUGAUAUCCUCAGUGACUUCACCAGCACGUGUGGGACAAAUACCUCUCAAGCUACGUCCUCCUCGACAAGAGUGAGUCCAUCCGUAAGUCCCCAUCUCCCGAGCCAUUCUCCAUCCCAUGCCGGACCCGAACGAACACAUCAUUCUCAGCUACACAAACUCUUGCUUCGGCGAGAACAUCCAGUUGGCUCACGACCCUCACCCGUGCGCUCACCGGAGAGCCGACAACAGAAAGCCACCUUGGAACGAAUCCGUACUAAUCUCUCGGCUUCCAACCCUCUCCUCACUCAGCAACUCUCCAAGUCCGCACCAAACCAGCAAUCAUUCCUCGAGAAGGUCAUGUGGGCACGUCGAGAGCCUCGCCAACACAUCAGCUCGGUCUGCUCCGUGGGCAAUGAAUCUUCCAUCGCUGACGAGGUUAGUGAAGUGCUCAGUGGGAUCAGCCCCAGCGACUUGCCUGAUAUUGAGAGCGACGACGAGGAAUCCCAAAUGGAUGAAAAUCAGGAGGGUGACACCUCUGACGAGGAGGACAGUGAUGACGAAGACGGCGGACAAGGGUCGAGCGCCGGAAGCAAGAAGAAAGAACGGCACUUCUGGCAGUACAAUGUUCAGGCCAAGGGUCCCAAAGGACAGAAAAUCGUGGUCGAAACAAAAAUCGAAGAUCCCCACCAUCUGAAUGAAAUCGUGGAUCCCGUGUUUAGUGGGAAUGUGCAAAUGCAAGGAAUCAAACACAGUGGUAAGGCCAGACGUGGCGACGGUAACGACCUGACGGCCAACCCAAAGAAAUUGGCUGCUAUUGGUAGAGAAUUGGACCAGUUGAGCAGAGUGAUCAAUGAUCUGACACCUCCAAGUGAGAUGCCAUUCAAUACCAGAUGCAAGAGCCGAAAAGAGAAGAACAAAAUGGCCUCGAGAGCUUGCCGCCUGAAGAAGAAGGCCCAACACGAGGCCAACAAACUGAAGUGUUAUGGCCUCGAGGAAGAGCAUCAUGACCUGUCCGUUAUGAUAACGAGAGCCCGAGAAAUCCUGAGACUGAAGGUUGAUGGCACCAACUCAAACAACCUUCAAGCCGACCUGACGAACGAAAUGGAUGCACUGAUCAAGAAAUCAGCCAAGAAUCGGGUCGCUGGCCACACUACGGAAUAUGUGAACCGAAAGAUUGAGCCGUACAUGAAGGACUCGUGAUCGACGGGAUGAUGUUUGAACUUGAAUGUGGCGUCAUGCCAUUCCUGCUGAUGUGUAUCGACCAGGCUGUGAAUGAUUUCGUCCUUGUUAUCAUCCCUAUUUUUCAAUGUUCAGUUACUUUGUUCACGACGUACCCUUUUUCUCGCCCUUAUUUUACAUUCUCCAUAGCAUAGCCCGUAUAUUCACGCCCUCUUUUGCAGCAUCAUUAGUGGUCAAAUGUGACAGUGUUUCUGUAACAGCCAAUGUGCGUGUGAGUCGAAUCUAAUGAAUAUGAACGAAAAUUGACCCAGAGCUCAAAAAAUUCCGACCCAUCUUCGCAUAUGCCUGUAGUUUAUUUCAUCCGCCUCCUCAUUGCUAAGCUACCUACCAACCUUCAUUAUGAACUACCCUAACAUGACCGGCCCAUAUCUCUCACCCAAUUCCUGUUCUGUCGUCCCUUCCUAAGCGUACAAAACAUGCAAUGUUUAGUGUCCUUUAUAAUUACUUCAACAUACCUCUUUCUUCUCCUCCACCACUCCACCUUGACCAUGAUGUUUUAGACAGGUUCACUAUUUCACUGUUGUACGGUAAUAGUUAGCUUCGACGAAUACAAUCUGAUUGACUGAA